AUGUUUUUUAACAGAUUCACCAUGAACAUGAAAUCUAUAAACCAAACAAUUGUAUCAGGAUUCAUUCUCCUGGGACUCACAGAUGAUACAGAGCUGCAACUCGUCAUCUUCAGUAUAUUUCUUUCCAUGUACCUUGUCACAAUAAUAGGAAACCUACUGAUCAUUCUGGCUGCCAGAUUUGAUUUCCAUCUCCACACUCCCAUGUACUUCUUUCUUUCUGGUCUUUCCUUUAAUGACAUGUUUUUAGUCACAUGCACAAUUCCAAAGAUGCUGGUAAAUAUACAAACACAAGACCAGAACAUCACUUAUGCAGGAUGCAUGACUCAGGUGUGCUUUGUCUUAAUGUCUGUUGGCAUGGAGAAUUGUCUUCUUGCAGUAAUGGCCUAUGAUCGCUAUGUUGCUAUCUGCCAUCCACUUAGGUAUAGGACCAUUAUGAACCCCUGCCUAUGUACCCUAAUGAUAGCAUUUUCUCUGGUGGGGAGCAUGAUAAACGCCCUGGUGAAUGGUUUGAUGGUAUUACAUCUAUCCUUCUGCACAGAGCUGGUGAUCCCACAUUUCUUCUGUGAAUUUACACAGAUUACUAAACUUGCCUGUUCUAACACUCUUAUUGACAACAUACUUAUAUAUAUUUCAUCUUGCAUAUUUGGUGGUGUGCCCCUCUCUGGCAUUAUUUUGUCUUAUAGUCAAAUUGCAUCCACUGUCUUGAGAAUGUCGUCACCAGAAGGAAGAUAUAAAGCCUUUUCCACCUGUAGGUCUCACCUGUCAGUGGUUUUCUUAUUUUAUGGAACAGGUUUUGGGGUCUACAUUAGCUCAACAGUUACAGAAUCAUCCAGGAAAACUGCUGUAGCUUCAGUGCUGUACUCUGUAGUCCCUCAGAUGAUGAAUCCCUUUAUCUAUAGUCUGAGGAACAGAAAUAUGAAGGAAGCCAUAAAGAAAUUCAUCAGUAGAAUACUAUUCCUCUAA